AUGGCGAUUGAUUUAACAAAAUCACGCCGUAAACUACCAUCGGCUAUGAUUGAUCGAUCAUCUUACUCCAUAUUAUCUGUGCUCAAACAGGCAAUAGGAAACGAUCUCACACGAUUUUCCAUACCUGUUAUAUGGAGUGAACCUCUUAGUUUUCUACAACGUUUAUCGGAAGGCUUAGAAUAUUCAUCAUUACUUGAUCAAGCCGCAUCAGCUAAUACAUCCAUAGAACGGUUUCAUUACAUCACAGCUUUUAUUGUAUCAAAUCUAUCAACGCAUCUCGAACGAACAUCAAAACCAUUCAAUCCAUUGUUAGGCGAAACGUUUGAAUUAAAGAAAGAAAACGAUUCACCAUUUCACUUCAUCGCUGAACAAGUUAGUCAUCAUCCACCUGUAUCGGCUCUUUAUGCGCGUGGAUCGAAUUGGAUUUUAACUGCAAAUAUUGAACCUAGAGUCAAAUUUCAUGGUACAACGGUAGUCGCUACAUCCGAAGGUCGAUGGGUACUACAUAUAAAGAGAAGGUCUGAAAUAUCUCGUUCAUCAUCACAAUCAAGUUUUUAUUCAUGUUCCGGAGAAAAUAGUGAACAAGACGAACAAACUGACAAUCAAGAUAAUCGUUAUGACGAAUAUACGUGGCAAUCUCCAACUGCAGUUAUUCAUAAUAUUCUAUUUGGUUAUCUUUGGUGCGAAUUUCAAGGAGAAAUUAAUUUACAGCAUAUACAAACUAAUCAACGAGCUAUUUUAACUAUUCAAUCUCUUUCGUGGUUUGCAACACAGGCAACAAGAGAGGCUGAGAUGUUUAAAUUUAUUGGAUAUAUCUAUGAUGGUGAUGAUAAACUCGCUGCAUUUCAUGGUAAUUACGGUCAUUGUUAUUAUGCUAUUGAUGCUUUAAAAGAUGUCGACUCCAUAACUAAAUCUUGCUGUUCAAUUGGUGGUAAUAAUUGUAUUCAUUUCAAUUCUAAUCCAUCAUUAGUACCACCAUGCAAUCUAAUACUUACGCCAUCAUCACGUCUUAUUUGGUACCGAUGUUUACCAUCAAUGACCGAUGAAGAACUAGCAGCAAGAUCUCAAUAUUAUUAUUUCACGCCAUUCACUAUGUGUCUUAAUGAAUCAAUAUCAUCUUUGUCAUCAUUGCCGCCAACCGAUUGUCGGUAUCGUCAAGAUGUACGUUUUCUUGAGCAAAGUGAUUUGGAUGCUGCUUCAUCAGAGAAACAUCGUCUUGAACAACAACAAAGAGCAGAGGCAAAAAGUCGUGAAGGUGAUUAUCAACCGUUAUGGUUUAAGCAAAAUGACAAUAAAGAAUAUAUCUACACUCGCAAAUAUGAACAACGAAAUUUUGAGCACUGCCCGAAUCUAUUUUUUCAAGAGUCACCUCUGUCAUAG